GGAAAUAAAGCCGAUAACACAGCACAUUUCUGCUAAAGUCUAAACUAAAAUGUAUUUUAUGUAACUUUUUAUUUGUAUUAUAAUUUUUUCCCCGCACUUUUACGUAUUUUCGAGUAUUGUGCGACAGUCUCAGUAUUUUAGGGUGUGUUUGUUGAAUCCUGCAGGCGUGUUUUAACAGCACUUCAACUGUAGAUGGCCAGCGAUCUUCUUGCACAAGGGAGUGACACCUAAACACAAUGGGAAAACAGAGGAAACAUUAAUAAGAGCAUGAUAUUUUAAGUGCAUGCCAGAGAGGCAGAAUCGAUUGCCUAUGUGAAAAUGUAUGUGAAUCUCCAGCAUCAGGCAGGGCAUUAGUGGUGUAUUGUCAGUGGUGUAUUGCAAAAGAUUUCUGAUUGAGAGGAAUCCCAUCUGUCCUCACAAUGGACUUCACUUUCGACUUGAAUGCGCUUUUCCCCGAGAGAAUUUCAGUGCUGGAUAACAACUUGACUGCAGGGCGGAAAGCGCAUGGGAGACCAGAUCCUCAGCUUCAGAUCGCCAUGGUUAUAGAUGAGCUGGGCAAAGCCUCCGCUAAGGCCCAGCAGCUGCCUGCACCUAUAACCAGUGCUGCAAAGCUCCAGGCCAACAGACACCAUGUCUACCUCUUAAAAGAUGGGGAGCAGAAUGGUGGGAGGGGUGUUGUAGUCGGAUUUCUGAAGGUUGGCUACAAGAAGCUCUUUUUACUUGACCAGCGGGGGGCGCAUUUAGAAACAGAGCCUUUGUGUGUACUGGAUUUCUAUGUGACAGAGACCCUGCAGAGACAUGGCUAUGGGCUCGAGCUCUUCGACUUCAUGUUGAAACACAAACGGGUGGAGCCUGAGCAGAUGGCAUAUGAUAGACCUUCUCCUAAAUUCCUGUCCUUUCUAGAAAAGCAUUAUGAUCUCAAAAACAGUGUGCCUCAGGUGAAUAAUUUUGUGGUGUUUGGCGGCUUCUUCAAGAGUAGAUCAGUGGUCCAAUUGAGAAAGGUUCCCCCAAAAAAGCCAGAGGGAGAGAUCAAACCAUAUUCACUAAUGGAAAGAGAAGUGGUACGGGAGGAGCAGAGGGAUCUGCCCUGGCCGUUUGUUCACCCCCCGGGUCCCCCCAACUCUCCCCCUCUGCUUCCAUCAUUUCCACAAUCCCGUUCGCUCAGCGUGGGAUCCUCCCCCAGCCGGGCACCUCUCCGCUCCACCACAGGCCCCGGGCUCCAGCAGGGUCAGACCACCUCUUCCCAGCUCAAUGACAACUACAGGGCAAAACGCACCAGCCAUCAGGGUCUGGUUGCCAGGAGCACCCUCUAUAGUCGCCAUAUCAACAGCCGAGACAUCGGGCAAUUAUUGGCAGAACAGCAGAGCACCUUGAAGCUGCCAGGGCUGAAUCCAGAGCUCUGUGAGAGAGUGUGUGACACAGGCACAAAGGCAGAUGCAGUGGAACACAAAAACACAACAGAAAGAACGCAACUUCAAGGCCAGGUUGUCUCUCUUCCAAAACCUGCUGGCCCCAAGAAAGAUCAUCAGCAGGGCCAGACAUCCAUAGCACCCUUAGAGCAAAAAGAAGAGCUAAGCAGUGGCCUUAAGACCAAAGCAUCAGAGGACAGCCUCGGGAUUGGCAGGGAGCUCGGAGCUGGACUGGAGGACUGGAAGAAAGACGGAAAAGCUGAGAUCAAGAGUGGCAGAGGAAGAGGUGGAUGGUCAUGGACAGUUGGGGAGAGUCGCUAUACAGCCCAGUGGGUGCGACAAAAGCAAGAAUAUCGCAGUACACGGCCCUGGUGA